AUGAAGAGCAACUUAAUUUUAUCUCUAAAUAAUGCAAAAGACUUUUUAAAAAAUAAAAACAAAGAUGGAUAUUCUGUCUAUGAUCAUAUAUGUGAAUUAAUAAAUUUUAUAGUUGUUGAAAAACCAGAAAAAUGCUACGAAAAUUUUGAAUUAAUAUCAAACCAUAUAAAAGAAAGUAAAAAAAGAAGUACUCAAAUAUUGAAUAAAAAGGAAAUAGACAAUUGUAAUUUAGACAGUUAUGUUUUAAACGAGCAUACAAAAAAAAAAAAAGAAUGGUUGGAAAAAUUAAAGUUAUUAUUUAUAAAAAAUUCAGAAAUUAAAACAAUUAAUUUACCUUUUAUGAGGGAUUUCUAUGAACAAAUAAAACUAAUAAAUUGGGCAGGAUAUCAGAUAAAAAAAAAUUUAAUUUUUUAUUUAAAUAAUUCCAUAAAAAAAAUAUUAGAACAAUAUAAGGAUAAAUUAAAAUCAUUAAAUUUUUGGGGGAUACUAAAGGGAAUCAAAAAUGAUUAUUAUAUCUUAGAAGGAGAAUUAAAAAAUAAAAAAGAAAUUUUUUUUAAUAAAAUAAAAAAUUCAAAAAAAUCUUCAGAUAUUUCUGACGAUGAGGAAUUAUCAACUAAUAAAUCCUCCUCUUCUUCAGAUGAUAAUAAAGAUUAUUCACGAAAAGUGAUACAAAAAAAAAAAAAAAAGACUGAAAAAAAAAAAAAAAAAAGUAAGCUUAUCUAUAAAAAAGAAGAUUAUGAAUAUUUUAAUAAAAAAGUGAAUAAAAAUAUAUAUUGGGUUUCAAUAAAUGGUAAAGAUCAAUGGGUUUUAUUAAAAUUUACGACACCGAAAAAUAUUAAAAUUGCUAAUAAAAUUAAUAAGAUGCUUACUGGUGAUCUUAAUCAUAUAAUAACUUCUUUUAAUAAAAUUACAAUAAAAGAAAAACACUACUUACGAGCAAUUAUCUCCAUUAUUUCAUCAAACACUCAUAUAUCACCUAAAAAUUAUUUUAUAUUAAAGCAAAAAAGUAAAAAUAAAGAGAAUAAUGAGGAUAAAAAAAGAAAAAAUAAAGAAGACGAUGAUGAAGAAGAUGAGAAUGAAGAAGAAGAAGAAGAUGAAGAUGAAGAUGAAGAUCAGAAUGAUGAAUAUCUGAAAGAUGAAGAUGACGAAAUAAUUGAAAAUAAAAAUUUUCAAUUUGAAACAAAUUUUUUACUAAAUAUUGAUAAUUGGGUGUAUUUUAAAUAUAAUUUUUUACCAAAUGGUCAUAUAAGCUAUCCUAAAAAUAUUGGAUUUAAAAAAAGCAAAAAAUAUCAAAAUAUUAUUGAAAAAAAUCCUCCUUUAAAAAUUUUAAGAAAUAUAAAUGAAGAGAAACAACAAAAUGAUAAUUUAUGGAGAUUAAAACAUUUAAAUCAAGGAGGUUACUAUGGAAAGCAUAACUUACAUUAUGAUGUAAUUAUUAUUUAUAACCUAUUAUUCAAUGGUGCAUUUACAAUUUAUUAUAAUAAACAAUAUUUUAAUUUUUAUAUCGGAAACGGAAUAAAAUUACAACAUGCAUUUCUACACACAUAUGCACCUGGAAAAAUUCAGUCAGAUAAAAGUGAAUUAUCAGAAGUAGAUCAAAUAAAUUAA